UUUCUAGGCCUUUGCACAGAUUUUGGCUAUAUUGUAAUGCUUAGCGGUGCCGAAGAUAUCAUUAAUCAACAUGAUCCACAAAAUUCAACAACACCAAGCUACUGCGAGGACAAGUUAACAUCUCGACACUGUACUUCUAUAUCCACAGGAGCAAUUCUUUUGGCUGAUAUAUUACCGAUGUUAUUUGUCAAAUUGACUUUACCAUUGUAUAUGGAAAAAAUACCAAUUGAGUACGGACAUUUUCCAAAUUAUUUAUUUUUAUUUAAUUUACAAGCAAAUUUCAGCAUUCGUCAUGGUAUAAUAGUGGUGUGUGCAGCUGUAGCAUUAUUCAUCGUCGCUUUUGCUAGUGAUAUAACAAUGGCGCUUUCAGGAGUUGUCUUAGCAAGUUUCUCCAGUGGGUUAGGGGAAGUGAGUUAUAUCUCUUUCACCAGUUACUUCGGCAGAAGUGCUGUAUCAGCUUGGUCGUCUGGAACUGGUGGCGCAAGUAUUUUUGGUUCGCUGAUAUAUGCUGGUUUAACAGAACCUCAUUUUGCUCAUCUUAGUCCAAAAAAUGCGCUUUUACUGAUGCUCUGUAUUCCGGCAAUAUUAACUAUAACAUACGGCCUAAUUUUGGUGAUACCAAAGAGCAUUUACCGUAUAAAAAUUUAUGACCCACGUACUUGGAAAGUUCCACAAUGGUACCUGAAAGGCGAAGUUGAAAAAGAAGCCAAGCAGGAUGUCGAACAAGAUUCGUUUCGGAAGACGUCUGAUUGUCAGUUGCAGAAUGCAACUUUAAAUGACAUCAAUAAUGAAGAAUCCUGUAUUUUACAGAGACAACUUACGACUUUUGAACGACUGUAUAUUGUUUUGCCAUUACUAAAGUAUAUGAUUCCAUUAACAACUGUUUAUUUUGCUGAGUACUUGAUCAAUCAAGGUUUGGUGCAACUCAUUAUAUUUGACUGCUCCAGCGGACUAAACCUGGGGCUGACAAGUCAGUAUCGAUGGUAUCAGGUUCUUUAUCAAAGUGGUGUGUUUAUCUCUCGGUCUACAUCUGGGUUUUAUAACAUGCCAUCUUGGCUACUUUAUUUAUUGCCUUUAUUUCAGAUGAUGAAUGCAGUAUUCUUUUUUUUUAUUGCAAAGUAUCUAUUUAUUCCUCAUAUUGGAAUCCUCUUGGCGUUGAUCUUUUUGGAGGGGAUUAUUGGCGGGUCGUCAUACGUUAACACCUUCAAACAUAUUUAUUCAAAAGUAAGUGGUUACUCUGACAAACUGUUAGUUGAACCCGAUACUCGAGAAUUCAGUUUAUCGGCAGCAUCUUUGUCAGAUACUUUUGGUGUAGCUGUUGCUGGCUGCUUAGCACUUCCGACACAUAAUUACAUUUGUAAAACGCCUUUUCCGCACUAG